UCACACAAUACCACCAUGAACUCUAACUCCCUCACUUUUUUCCUCUUAUGUGCUAUUAUAUUUCUCCAGUGUUUAAGUUCCACCAGAGCUGCCAAGUGCCAUCCUGAUGACGAAGCGGGUCUUUUAGCUUUCAAAUCAAGUAUAAUCCGAGAUCCUUCAGGCACUCUAAGCUCUUGGAAGAAAGGUACUUUUUGCUGCUCUUGGUAUGGUGUCAUUUGCAUCAGUGACGACCGCGUCACCGAACUAUAUGUAGACGGAGAUUCAUAUCUUGGCCAAGGUUUCCUCUUUGGCACUAUCUCACCGAUGCUAGCCAAACUUCAACACCUCGAGGGGAUUUACCUCACCUCUCUGCGAAAGAUCACUGGAACUUUUCCUCAAUUUCUUUUCCAAUUACCAAAGCUAAAGUACGUUAGCAUCCAAGGUAGCCUUCUCUCUGGUUCCCUACCAGCCAACAUCGGCGAGCUAAGUCAGUUGGAAAAGUUAAUAAUUGACGGAAACCGGUUCACCGGUCAAAUUCCAAGUUCAAUAUCCAAUUUGACUCGGCUAUCUUGGCUUAAUCUCGGCAACAACCGCCUCUCUGGAGCCAUCCCAAAUAUUUUUAAAUCCAUGAGAAAGCUCCAGUCUCUUGACCUCUCCCAAAACAACUUCUCCGGGAAACUUCCUCCAUCUAUUGCAUCCCUCGCACUUACCCUCACAAUCCUUAACCUAGGCCAGAACAAUCUCUCGGGGACGAUCCCAAACUAUUUAUCAAGAUUUGAGGCUCUCUCCACGUUGGUUCUUUCUAGGAAUCGAUACUCCGGGGUUGUGCCGAUGAGUUUUGUCAAUUUGACCAACAUUACCAAUCUUGAUCUUUCCCACAAUCUUUUAACUGGUCCAUUCCCUUCCUUAAAGAGCAUUGACGGCAUUGAAACUCUAGAUUUGUCAUACAACCAGUUUCACCUAAAAACGAUUCCAAAAUGGGUGACAUCUUCACCAUUCAUCUACUCGUUGAAGUUGGCAAAAUGUGGGAUAAAGAUGAGUUUAGACGAUUGGAAGCUAGCAGGAGCGUACUACUUUGUUUCCAUCGAUCUAUCUGAAAACGAGAUGAUAGGGAGUCCGGUUAGAUUCCUUAACCAGAUGAAGGAUUUGAUGGAGUUCCGAGUAAGAGGGAACAAACUCCAAUUUGAUUUGGGGAAGCUGAAGUUUGGACAUACACUUAAAAUCUUGGAUUUGUCAAGGAACUUGAUAUUCGGAAAGGUGCCAGCGACGGUAGUUGAACUGAAGACUUUGAACGUGAGUCAAAACCAUCUUUGCGGAAAACUUCCGGCGACAAAGUUCCCUGCCAGUGCGUUUACCGGUAACUACUGUCUCUGUGGCUCUCCACUUUCUCCUUGUAAAGUUUAGCGGCAAAAGAACAGUAACUGGUAUUUGUAUUUUAUGUGACACUUAUAUCCAAAUAAGAUUUGUA